UUACGGAAGUACCUGGAAAUACCUGGAAUUCACUGAAUAAUGAACAGCUUGCAGUGAGCGUCCUGUGUGGUGUGGUGGUGAUGUGGCGGUGAUGUCGUCGGUGAAGCAGCGGUACCGUGACAUCAGUCCCGUGACGCUGCAGGUGGUGGGCGGGGCCGUCAGUUCCAGUCUGUACUGCGGGGAGGUGGAGGGUCUGUCAGGGGGUCUGGUGGAGUCCUUCUUGGUGGAGCUGUACCGCUGUAAGCUCUGUCAGUUCACCUGCGGCCUGAAGGCCUCCAUCAGCAGCCACCUGCUACUCCGCCACCGCCCCCCCACCCUGGCCUACCACGGGUCUGAGGACAGAGAGGAGGCGGGGCUUCAGCUGGACCUGAACGCAGAGUCCAAGCAGAGCGACGAGGACGAGGACUUCCUGCUCUACAACAUGCUGGACAACAUGAGCCCGCCCACCUGUGACAUCAGCAGCGAGGGGGGGCUGCAGGUCGCACACACCUGUGAGGUCAGCACUCUGUUCGAGGAGGAGUCCUCCAUCUUCCCUCUGAAGGGCGGUUCAGUGGAUCUGUCCAUCGAACCCCCCUCCACCCAGGAGGAGAUGGCGCAGUCUGCUCACCUCAUGACUCUGGGACUGUGUCGCAUCUCAGCCGCCAAACCUCCUCCCCCUCCUGCUCCUGCUCCUGCUCCUGCUCCUGCUCCUCCUCCUCCUGAGCCCGGCAGCCUGAAGAGGAGCGAGGUGAGGACCUCCCCCUGUGGAAAACGGAGGCUGAUGUGUCUCCUGUGUCCUCUGGCGCUGCCGUCCAGGCGGAUGCUGGACGUCCACGUGCGGUCUCACCGGACGGCUGGCGGCUUCAGCUGUGUCUGCUGCGGUUGGACGGCGGACAGCUGGGAGGAGCUGGAGCCUCAUUGGAGGAGCCACUGCAGGAGGAAGAGGAGGAGGAAGAGGAGGGAGGACCAGGAGGAGGAGGAGGAGGUGAGGCUGUUUAGCUGUCCGGUCUGUCUGAGGACGUUCAGGAGCGCCGCCUCGCGAAACCUUCACCAACAGAAACACAAGGGCUGUGAUCAGCGUCGCCACAGCAACCACACAGACGGAUGGAAGAGCCGGCUGAUUGGACGAACAGGAGGGAAGGACUGCACAGAUAGGUAGGACAGUGUCCUAAAAUCAAUAUCUAAAUAUUAUCAACUAAACAUAUCAAUAAAUCUCAUCAAACAAUUCAAAAUUCCAAAAUCUCCUCAAUUGUAUUGUUUAUAUUGUCUAAUUGUAACAAUGUUUUAUUAAUUAGAAAAAUAAAUCUGAUCAAAUUAAUGUAUGAAUGUGUGGAAAGAGGUUGAAGCUAUAUUAAUAUUAUUAUUAUUAUAUAAUAUUAUUAAUGGUAACUUCCAUUAUAAUAUAGUUUGAAUGGAGGUUCUAGCUGAAAGUAUGAA